AUGAAUAAUAUUAGCUAUAAAAUUAGAAAUGACAAGCAGUAUCUUGAAGAAAUCUGCAUUUGCUGUGGAAGUCUUGAGAUCCAUGCUCAGCAUCCUUUGUUUCAUGGGGGAAUAUGUGCUCCUUGCACAGAAAGGUUUUUGGAGAGAUUCUUCCUCUGUGAUGACGAUGGGUUCCAGGCUGACUGUGCAAUCUGCUGCUGGGGUGAAUCACUAGUGAUGUGCGAUGAUCCAGCAUGCAUAAGAUCUUUUUGUACAAAAUGUUUGGAUGCACUUGUCGAACAAGGAAAGGCAGAAAAAAUUAAAGAAAUUAAUCCAUGGAUUUGUUUCUUGUGUUUGCCAUUGGAUGUACAUGGAGUACUGAAGAAGAAGACAAAAUGGAGGACAGAGCUGAAGUUCUUCUAUGAUUGGGAGUCCAAUCAUCUUUGGAUAUACCAGCCUUUGUCUCCAUGGGAGAGAAAGUCAAUCAACGUGCUCUCCCUUUUUGAUAAUAUUACACAAGAGCUGAAAAGCCUUGGGUUUCUGGGGGAAAGUAUGGGCAAUGGAAGGUUAAAGUAUCUGUAUGAUGUCACAGAUGUGAUGAGAACCCAUAUAGAGGAAUGGGGCUCGUUUGAUGUUAUAUUUGGCUCUACACCUCCACUUGGAAAUUCACAUGAACAUCCACCCGCCUGGUAUAUGUAUCAGUACAUUCGUAUUCUUCAAUAUAGCAGACCCCCAGAAAGAAGCAGGCCUUUUUUCUGGAUGUUUCUUGAUAAUUUGGUCCUGGAAGAAGAAACCAGGGAUGCAGCCUGUCGGUUUUUAAAGACUGAAGCAGUAGUCAGGUACAAGCUGCAGAAUGACACCAUCCAGAAUGUUGUACACAUAUGGAGCAACAUUCCAUCAGUCAACAGCAAAUAUUCAAGUUCAGCAUUAUAUGUGGAUUUGUGUCAGAUGGCAAAGGACAUAUACCGAAAAAGAAUAUUUUCAGAGAGACCAGCCACUCUAAUUAAGGAGUUUUUUGUUCCUUUGAAAGAAUAUUUUAGGACUUUUUAA